CCGGAUGUUGACCAUUCGGACGUUGACCUAUACAAAGCUCAAGAUGGCUGCACAGUUGGUAACGUCUUUAGUUGGCGAGAACGUGAUCUUACAGACGGCUCUGGUCCUCUUACUGGUGUUCGUGGUGACUUCAUGGUUCUUUAAGACACCUAAGAACCUUCCGCCUGGCCCAAGAGGAUGGCCUGUCGCCGGUAAUAUCUUCUCUCUCGCGAUGGGUCACAGCUUUAAAACGAUGACCGAAUGGGCGAAGACCUACGGACCUGUCUACCGCAUACAACUUGGGAAGGAAACGAUGGUUGUGCUCUCCGGAUAUGACGUCAUGCACGAGGCGCUGGUGAAGAGGGGAGAGGAUUUUUCCAGCAGACCAGACCUUCCCGUGGUAAAGCUUGUUAACCCGAAAAGGCUAGGUAUCAUCACAGCUCCUUUCGGCACUCCGUGGAAGGAACACCGGAAGUUCACACUGAUGUCUCUCCGGGAGUUUGGAUUUGGGAAGAGAAGCUUGGAGGGAAAGAUCAUGGAGGAGUCAGUCGCUCUCCAGUCAGAGAUUAUGAAGAUGGGGAACAGACCGUUCGACAUUAGCCGCAUGGUCCAGAAUGCUGUCACUAACGUCAUCUGUUCCAUUGUGUUCGGAUCGAGGUUCGAAUACAACGAUGUCAAGUUUACACAAUUAAUGGACGCGCUAGACCGAGGAUUUGCCAACAACCUUCUUGGCCAACUGGCCAUCUUUUUUCCCAUCUUGCGACGUGUUCCAGGAAUAGGACGAGGUGCACAACUUAUUGUAGACGUAACGGCCACCGUUACAGCCUACCUCCGCGAAGAGAUGGACUCUCACAAGAAGACAUUCGAUCCCAAUGACAUCCGGGACAUUAUCGACUCGUACGUGAGGGAAACCAAAUCUCGCGAGCACGACGACGAGACCACGUUCACUGACGAGUACACAGAAAUAGUGCUGUUUGACUUGUUCAUCGCCGGGGCAGAAACCACCUCCACUACUCUGUACUGGGCGUUUCUGUACAUGAUUCUCAACCCGGACAUCCAACAAAAGGUUCAAGAGGAGAUCCACUCCGUGCUCGGACACGACAAGCCGCCGUCCACCGCCCACCGUGCCCAGAUGCCGUACACUGAGGCCGUCCUGACCGAGGUGGGCCGCAUCGGCACCAUCCUGCCGACAAGCGUCUUUCACGCCACGUCACGUGACACCAGUUUCCAUGGAUACGACAUUCCAGAAGGCACGACUGUCCUGCCCAACCUGUGGUCCGUCCACCAUGACCCGGAACAUUUCCCGAACCCCGGAAAGUUUGACCCCGGCCGCUUCUUGGACGCUCAGGGACGGUACCAGAGGGACGACCACGUCAUGCCGUUUGGUAUCGGUCCGCGCAUGUGCCUGGGGAAGCAGCUGGCUGAGAUGGAGCUCUUCGUGUUCUUCACUUCCCUGCUGCAGCACUUCACCUUCAAACUGCCAGAGGGCGCUGCCAAGCCUUCCACCACAGGAAUCAACGGUGUCACCCAUUCGCCUAAGAAUUUCGAACUCGUCGCUGAACCGCUGGCUACAAAUACCUGUCCGGACGUUGACCUUUACAAGAUGGCUGCCGCACAGUUGAUAACGUCUUUAGUUGGCGAGAACGUGAUCUUACAGACGGCUCUGGUCCUCUUACUGGUGUUCGUGGUGACUUCAUGGUUCUUCAGCACACCUAAGAACCUUCCACCCGGUCCCAGAGGUUGGCCUGUCGCCGGUAAUAUCUUCUCUCUUGCGAUGGGCCACCGCUUUCUGACGAUGACCGAAUGGGCGAAGACGUACGGACCUGUCUACCGGAUACAGCUGGGGAGGGAAACGAUGAUUGUGCUUUCCGGAUAUGACGUCAUAUACGAGGCUCUGGUAAAGAGAGGAGGAGAUUUUUCAAGCAGACCAAAUAAUCCACUAUUUAAGAUCCUCAACCCGGAGAGGUUAGGUAUUAUUACGGCCCCUUUCGGUACUCCAUGGAAAGAGCACCGGAAAUUUACCCUGAUGUCGCUGAGAGAGUUCGGCUUCGGCAAGAGAAGUUUGGAGGGGAAGAUUCUGGAGGAGUCAGUCGCUCUUCAAGCAGAGAUAGAGAACAUAGGAUACAAACCGUUCGACAUUAGCCGCAUGGUCCAGAAUGCCGUCACAAACGUGAUCUGCUCUAUUGUGUUCGGAUGCAGGUUCGAAUAUAACGAUGACAAGUUCACACGCUUGAUGGACGCCCUGGACCAAGGAUUUGCCACCAAUAUUUUUGGCCAACUGGCCGUCUUUUUCCCCAUCUUCCGACGUGUUCCAGGACUGGGACAGGGUGCACAAAUUAUAGUUGACGCAGUAGGUACCAUUAAAGCCUAUAUAAGAGAAGAAAUGGACUCACACAAGAAGACAUUCGAUUCCAAUGACAUACGGGACCUUAUCGACUCGUACGUCAGGGAAACCAAAUCUCGCGAGAACGACGACGAGACCACGUUUACUGACGAGUACACAGAAAUAGUGCUGUUUGACUUAUUCAUCGCCGGGGCAGAAACCACCUCCACUACUCUGUACUGGGCGUUUCUGUACAUGAUUCUCAACCCGGACAUCCAAGCAAAGGUUCAGGUGGAGAUCCACUCCGUGCUCGGACACGACAACCCGCCUUCCACCGCCCACCGUGCCCAGAUGCCGUACACUGAGGCCGUCCUGACCGAGGUGGCUCGCAUCGGCACCAUCCUGCCGAAUAGCGUCUUUCACGCCACGUCACGUGACAUCAGUUUCCAUGGAUACCAUAUUCCUGAAGGCACCACGGUGCUGCCCAACUUGUGGUCCGUCCACUAUGACCCGGAACAUUUCCCGAACCCCGGAAAGUUCGACCCCGGCCGCUUCUUGGACGGUCAGGGCCGGUACCAGAGGGACGACCACGUCAUGCCGUUUGGUAUCGGUAAGAUCACAUUCUCAUGCUUUGUCAGCCGCUCGUUUGUAUUAAGCAACGACCGUGAUUGUCCACGUAUGUGCCUGGGGAAGCAGCUGGCAGAGAUGGAGCUCUUCUUGUUCUUCACUUCUCUGCUGCAGCACUUCACAUUCAAACUGCCAGAGGGCGCUGCUGCACCUUCUACCACCGGAAUCAACGGCGUAACCCAUUCGCCUAAGAAUUUCAAACUGGUGGCUGAACCACUGGCUUAG